AUGCCGUCGAAACGUACAGCCUCCGUUGCGGCGGCAGUGCUGCUCUCCGUGGGGGGAGCGGUGGCAGACCAGCCCAGCUUUUCCGACAGUUCUGCCUACGCCGCCUUUGCCAACAAGACGGACGGCUUCCCUCGGCAAACAUUCCGAUCCAGCGACAUAAUCGCACCCGUGCUGCAGGUGAACUCGUGGGACAAGACACAGACGGACGACUCGUCUUACAUCUUCAUCGGCGCCUCGUACGGGAAGGAAAAGGCCGCGCCCAUGAUCCUCAGCGGCAAGGACCUCAGCCUGGUAUACGCAGAUCAACAGUACGACCAGGUCUACUCCUCGUCGGUGCAGACAUUCAACGGUACCAAAUAUAUUACCUUUUGGGAGGGUUCGCAUGGCGACAGCAGCGCCGACGGCCGCUGGCUGAUGUACGACAGCAAGUAUGAGCUCAAGUACAACCUGACGGCGCAGGGCUCGAAAAACUUGCGCAACGACAUGCCCGAUAUGCGAGUGACGAGAGACAACACAAUCCUGCUGGCUACUUAUGAAACUGUCAGCUUUGAUUGUUCUGCUGCUGGAGGGCCUAAGGAGGCACCGCUGCUGGACAGUGGCUUCCAAGAGAUGGACCCGGCGACGAACAAGGUCCUGUUCGAAUGGAGUGCGCGCCAGCACUUUAACUUGAGCGACUCAUUUAUCAAGUACAACAAAGACUUUAACGUCGGCUCCCCGCCGGUAUUUGACUAUUUUCAUCUCAACUCUGUUGAAAAGUCGGACGAUGGAAACUACCUGGUUUCCAGCAGCCACUUUUGCAUGCUCGCCAUGAUUGACGGCCGAGACGGGCACGUCAUUUGGACUCUCGGAGGCAAGAACAACGACUUCAAGGACCUCAGCGGCGGCAACGCGACCAAUUUUGCCUGGCAGCACGACGCCCAGCUGAGCGGCGCCAGCGACAUUAUUUUGUUUGACAACCACGUGCCCUCGACUGAACACUGUGAUAGCAACUGCGCAUCCAGGGGCCUGCGAUUGAGGCUAGACCAGGAACAAAAGACGGUUGAGCUGGUGCAGGAGUUUUACCACCCCGAGAGCGUCAACUCGGGCCACAUGGGCGGCGUUCAGUUGCUGAAGGAGGGCCACACCAUGGUCGCGUGGGGCGACAACCCGUCCUUUGUAGAGUACAACAAGGCCGGGCAACCCGUCAUGGACGUGCAGCGCGGUCUGCUCGGCGUCGGCUUCCAAGAGGGCAUGUAUGCGUACCGCGUCAGCCGCCACCGAUGGCAGGGCGAGCCGUCCUGGCCGCCGAGCGUUGCAGUUGACGCGCCCUCCAAGAGCACCUCCAACGCGACCGUCUACGUCUCGUGGAACGGCGCCACCGAUGUUGCCCAGUGGGCUAUUCUUGCUUCGGACACGGCCGAAACAGUCAGCAACUACAAGAAUGUCAUUGCGCAGGUGAACCGCACCGGGUUCGAGACGCAAAUCACGCUCGACAGCGCUCUGACGCGCCGCUACAUUGGCGCCGCGGCCGUCUCGGCGGGUGGCGACGUCAUGGGCGCCUCGUUUGUGUACGACAUGCGCACGGGAAAGGCCGUCAUGCAGUCGAGCGGCAUCACGACCAUCAACCCGCCCGUCAAGGCGACGGCGGCGGCCGGCGCCAUGGGCGGUUCCAUCUUUGGCGUGUCGAUGCUGUUCUACAUCUGCAAUUACUUUUGGCGGCGCAAGGGGCUCCCUGUGCCUGUGGCGGAUCAUCUAACCUAUGAAAAGGUUGGCAGCAGCGCUGUUUAA